GGAAGUAGAUGCUUUCGACUCCGCCAUUGUGUUUAGCAGGAUCUAGGGGCAUGCUUGUAAUGUUUUGAUUGAAUACAUAUUGUUCAUUCCUGACGUAUUGAAUGUACCGCUAAUAAAAACAAAAAGACGCACUUCAAGGUCGAAUAGGUUAAAGAAAAUAAAAAUAAAUCGGCCAUACCUAACCAAUAGCUACAAUUGUGUAAAACCAGAAGGAAUCUUUGGGAACAGCGAUUGAACCACGGGACAAAUGAUGACGAGUACAACUGCAAAUAGAGCUCCUCUCCGCCCUGCUGUCAGCCCUGCUCUCUUUUGAUGGCUCUCUGAUGCAACAGAGCUCUUCUGAAAAUAUGGAAAUGAAAGUGGAGCCAGAUUUCAGGAGCAUCUCACCGGCGGAGGAGCUGCUUCUGCUGAGAGCGCGAGUUCGGGAGCUGGAGAGGGAGAAGGCCCAGGUGGACGCGGAGAAUCGAAGGCUGAAAGACCUGUUGGUGAAUGAGAUUCCAUCUCUCCUGUCUGCCAUGAGGCAGAAUGUCGGUUUUGGGGGCAGAGAGAGUGAUUCUGAAGUCUUCCAGGCGCUCUCGCCCUGCGCAGAACGGCUGGAUUGUGCUGGGUUCCCCCCGUCGAUGCCAGCUGAUGCCGGGUUCGGACAGGCCGAGGACGUGGACGGCUUUAUGCAAACUGUCUCAGAUGCACAAGUGGCAUUGGUCAGCGGUGGUUUCCCUGCAAGCAUUGAGGACGCCGGGCCGCAUUGUGGCCUCCCUGUAGAGGACAGUCCCACGUGUCCCAGCCCGGCCUGUAGCUCGCCUGACUUCGGCCCAAUCAGAGACUGCACGGAGAUGGAGCAUGUGCACACGUCGGGGCACGUUAGCGGCCAUGCACGCCCGGUUGAGGUGUAUCCAGGUUCCGGAGUGUUCUGUGAGGCGCAGGCCUGGACCUCCGCCAUCCAGGCCCAGUCUCCCACGGCCAUGGUGCGGAUGCUGCUGCUGGGCGUCUUUGACACGGACACCCUAUUGCACAGCAACCUGAGGGGAGGGCGGAGCCGGAGGCCCAUGUUCCCUAACCACCGGGUGGGCCUGGAUCCCCACAAGCUGGAGGCCAUCUACAAUGCCACCCUGGCGAGGUUCCCACUGGCGCGGAAGGGGCAGAUAGGCACCGGGAUCAACUCCAAGCUGUCAGAGAUGAGAUUCCGAUCCAGGAGAGCAAAUCAGGAGAGGAGAUAUUUGUGAGAGCUUAAGUGUAGUGAAGCAUGAGUAGAGCCCACCAUAAGGUUAUGACGUUCUACAGAAACAGUGCAUGCAGGCUCCUUGGCUGAUCUCUACCUAUUUGGAGGGCUACAGGAAGGAGGAAGUGGGCCGGAGAUUGGUGCAGUCUCAGCCAAUCGGUGGGAAAACUGCAGGAAAAAGCAUCUCUGAGGACUGAGUGUGUCCCUCCCACCUGAGUCUGCAGCCCUCUGGCCAGUAGGCUACAAGGAGGUGUUUUCCAGCUCGUCAUUCUAGGAAGCGUCUGCUUAUCCUGUCUCCCCAUCAAGCCUGCAGUCCAGACAGGUGGCAGAGGAGGAAAUAUAGCUUCUCCUUUUGCCUCUGAAGCCCGAGAAUCCUGGACGGAGGCCAGAUGAUUUUUCUUCAUCGAUUUGCGUGCUCUGUGGCGCAGCCCACUGAGAGGUUCAUCUGGCAGCUCUGUCGCCGGCCCUGAGUCUCCUUCACCCAUGGCGAGCAGCGGGCAUCAAUCCUGCCCCACAGGUGUCAUCGCCGUCCCAACCUAAUGGGUCUCCCAGCACUCUAAUGCCUCAAGGAGCAGCAAGGGGAGAUUAAUUCAUCUUCAUACUCUUAAACAGCCUAAGGUCUCUCUCGUGCUGAAUGUGAAUGGAGGAUCCCCGGGAGCAGAGGGAGGGGGCUGGUGUUGUGGUGAUGUAACAGCCACAAGGGGGCUGCAUUUCUUUACAACCCCCCCCCACCCCACCCCAUUGUGUAACUGCAGUCGCAAACACAAAGACUUGUGACGGACAAUGCGUUCCUGACAGACCGGGGAACAGGGAGACGGGUCUUGGUCUGAAUGUAAAAUCGGCCAGUUCUGGUCCCCUGCUGGCCUGGCCAAUCAUGUUGCAGAGUGAAUGCAGGUGACCAUGUGCCUCUCUAAGAGUCUAAGCUUUUAAGAUUCUAGGUGCUGAUUACUUUGUAUGAAGGCCCAGAAAAUAAGAAGAGCAGGAGUUCACAGCCAAAUUGCCUAUUAUCUGGCUUUUUUGUGUCUUUCUGUUUAUGAGAAUUCAAAACCCUCUAUCCAUCCACACUAGAGAAAGCGUGGGUCUGCUGUACAACAUUAAUUAAUCGCGCCAAGUUUCACACAUCAUAGAGCAACCGCUUACAGUAUUCCCUGACAUGUACCCUACGCGAAAUAUAUCAUAAAAUGUCAAGAAACCCCAAAAGCUUUUAAUUGCAAAACUGUCUGAAUUUUUGACGUGUACGCAUUUGUGUUGACCUUCAGUUUGAGCAAUUUCUCGGUUGAUCAAAUUACAAACGACCAACCCAGAAGCCGACCCACUGGGAAAGUAUAAUGGGAUUAGCAUUCUUUGGCAGCUAUUGCCAGUAAUAACACCAGUAUUGUAAUACCGUAUUGUGUGUAAGCCGUUCCCCCCCCCCCCCAUUCAUUGUUAAAGGACAUAUUUCUAGUGACACCAAAAUGUAUUCAGCUUAAAAGUUUAAAAGAACCAAACUUCUAACUGUGGUUUUCAAUGUGCUCUUCAGCAUUGAAGUUCACCAUUUAUGAAAUGCCCUGGAAGUUUCUAUCUUGCCAAAAUGUUAUUUAGUAGAUUAGCGUCUGGUAUAUCUUUAAUAUGACUGUCAGUGUGAAGGCUGACUGAUUUUUUUUUUUUGGGAGUGUUGAUGCAAUAAGGUGUUUGGAGCCAAGCCAGACAGACGAGCAAAAUGUCCUUAAAUGAUCUCCGAAUGCUCCCGGAGAGCUCUUUUGUGUGCCUAAGUGAUUUUGAAACCAGAGUUCCCUGUCAUGGGUCUGCGGGCAUGAUUCCAGUUGUCCCUCUGCAGGCAACACCAAAGGCAGCUAACACACUGUAACCCGAGGACCCUGUUUCCUGAGGGCUGGCUUUAUCCUUGCCCAGAAGAGCUGGAUCACCUCUUCCACACUAUGGUGCGUCAGAUGCUACGAGUUUGCAUGCCUUCCUUUUGCCCUUGCGUUAACCUUGUCAUGUUUGCACCUCAGACGGACCAAUGAGAAACAUUUUUCCACAUCAUCAUCUGGUACAAGAGUGACACAGAUGAUGACUCAGACUUUGGCAGCACAACUUCAUGGGACAGAUAUCCUGACUCAGCAGCAAAGGAUGGGCAGAGACCCCGCCAUCUUUUGCUGUGUUUAGUUGAUGCUUUUGUAUAAAGUGACCAUUACAGCUUGUUACUAGCGCUUUGAGUUUUAGUGGUGCAGCUCGGCUUAAAGACUGGGGCCUACGGCAGGACUGCCAAGUGGGGGGCUCGCUGCAUUCCAUGCGAUUUGAUGUCCUUAAAUGUCACAUCACCUUGUUUCCCAGGGUCCGUCUGUCCCCGUUCGCUACUCCACGAUUGCUCCAUGUUAUACAAUUAUCCAUAAAUGCACCAAACCUUUCGAGAAACCAGAAGCACGAGUGCGUUCACUGUGUUCGCUUCUGCCGAGGAAGAGUUGUGUCUAUUAAUGUGGUCACUCGUGUGACGAGGCCAGCCGUCGAGCCCCUUCCCUCCCCCCCCCCACCAUCCUGGGUAAUGGAUUCAGCGUGGAUGUCCCCCCCAGCUAGGAGAUUUCACCGCUUGUAGUCCAGCUCCAGGAACAAUCUUGCUUGGAGCCUCCAUCUGCUCUCCUUGUCCCAGACAUAUGCCGGCACACGCGGCCCCCGGGCCCCUGAUUUAUCACCAGGGAAGGCAGAGCCAGCCGCCGGCCUGCAUGAUUUGUUUGGCUCCCGGACAGAGACGAUUGGCAGCGUGAGAGAGAGGGGUGUGCGGUAGGAGGUGGCGGUCUGAGAGGCAGGUCGCUCCACCCAGAGAUUCGGCCCGCACAAAGCCGACAGGUCCGUAGUGGAAAACAAAUGAUGUUUGUCGAUCUGGAGUUAAAUCCAACUCCGAACUUGACUCGGGAGAGGAGGAGUCGACGGCCAGCCUCUUAAUCCAGUUGUCGGUGAUGUAUGAAUUCAGGCCAAUUUAAUUUCCAAAAUCAAGCCGAGUGAAAAUGCAUCGAGGGCUUGAAAAUAGGAGGCGGGAAGCCUGAUAGAUGCAGAUCAAUUUGCCUGUGGAACUGACCCUCUUGCUCGAGCCCAAUUAAUAAUUUAAUUUGUUUA